UCAACACUGAAUCAUUGUCUAAAUCUGACAGAGCAGAACUGAAUCAAUCCGAACAUCCAAAGUACAUUGUCCCUUGCGGAUUAACCAUUCAUAGCACCAUCAAUGUCUAGCAUGAACCCAAGUCUCCCAAAAAAUUGAAGCCCACAUCAUACCCGACCCAUUUUCCGAGAGUGAGCGAGUGCAGCUGGAAGAACCGGAGCAUUCGCAGCCAGCCAUGAUGAUGGAUGUGCUUUUGGUUGGUUGGGGUUGAGUGUGUGUGUGUGUUUGUGUGUGUGUGUUUGUGUGUGUGGUUUAUGGGGCCUGCGCAAAGCAACGGAUGGAACAAGUCAGGGAACUUGCUAGAAACCCCCCUCUUUCUCUCUCUCGCUUUCCUUUCUAUUCGGUUCGUGCUGCGGUUAGUCUUGGCUCUUUUUGCGUGGUUUGUGCCGGUUCCAUUCCACUUUUUUGCGUUUUUUGAGCGGGUUUCGCACAUCGACCGAGGGACCGAGCUUGGAAACGGUUCGCGCCCGCUGGGUCACCAGGGCAGCCCGCCACCCGCACACAUGGGCACACAGAGUCAUGAUCUCGCGUGCAUGCGGGCCCCCGCUUGGCCCCACACAGCAGUGAGGGGCAAGCUGUUUGGCGGGGCUUUGGCACACCCUUUUGGGAAGGGGUGGCCAAACCUAGGCCCGUCACAGCGUGACCGCGGCCGUCGUCAUCUGCACCGCCUUUGCGAGAUUUGUGCGUGAACGUCGACCAGUGGUGCCGAAACUGCGCUACGUAAUUAGCAUUGCAGUCGCGUUUGGCAAUCUGGCUGGUCAGCCCUGUCGCCGCCCGUCUGCAAUGGUGCACCAACCGACCACC